AUGAGUCUGAGUGACAAGAUCAAGAACGCCUUCGGAAGUGACCACUCGCCGGAAGCUGAGCGGGGCGUAGUUGAUCAUCGAACCCCCGGGUCUUUCCCGGUUGACGAGCCUCCUACUUCCGCCGGCGUACAAAGUGGUGUCGAUCAACCACGAAUUGGCGAGAAGCCGGUGCCCUCCUCAGGUCACACUGACCUAGGAGGUACUAGGCAGGAUUCGAUAUACGACUCUGGCUCGCAGCAUAACAAGUUGCAUAAAAAGGACGAUCCCAGAGGGCAUGACUUUACGGCGCUCGGCGCAUCACACAAAGGGUACCUUGGCCAUGACUACAAAGAUUCUGGGAUUGAACUGAAACGUGACUCUUCCAAGUCACAUCAUGAAGAUUCCCAGGAUUCUACACAAGGUGCGUAUCUGACCGGCAGUCAAAAAGAGUCUCAUUCUGGUUCUGUAGAAUCGCCUAGCAUAAUUGGAACUAGAAGAAGUGAUGCAGGCGCUGGUAGCCUCCAUCGCAAGGACAUUUCCAAUGAUAGAUCAGGACAGAAGACGGCUCAGACCGGCCUUGGAGGUGUUGCGACGAGUGACUAUGGUGGCAACGACGCAGGGGCAUCUACUACUACAGGUAUUCCCAGGGCAGAAUCCGGCUUACGCGAAGUCCAUGAGUCUUAUAACAAGGUCGCAAAUGGUAGAGGAAAGUCGGUCACUCAAGCAGAGGAGCCAUAUUGGGGAGACCUUCCUCAGGGUGUUGGCACCUAUAAUACAGUCACUGGUCAUGGUAGCGCAGAAGAUACCACUAAACAGCACAGAGUGAUCCCCAAGCCGGACGAAUACGAAAGGGUAUCACAAACCCUGGCAUCAGAGGAUAACUUAGCCCACGGGGCUGGUGUCUACAAUACCGUCACCGGUCACGGUAGUGACCGUGAUCAAGCCGAACACCAACAACUUCAUCACAAGUCAGGAACACAGCAGAUAGUCCCCUCGGGCGUUGGCGUAUUGACCACAGACUCGAAUGAUCAACGUUCGCAACAAUCGUCUAGAGACUAUCGGACUGCUGAAACGGCCGGUAUCUUGGGCGCCGGUGCUGUUGCAUAUGGAGCUGGCGAACAAUAUGAGAAUCACAAAGAGCAAGACUUUCCAGGUUCCGAGACACACGGCAAAGCGAACACUGCCACCGAAUCCAAGUACGAGCCUGCCAGGGAUCCGAAAGAUCAUACCAAGCUGUUUGGAACCUUGCGUCAUGAAAAACAACCGGGAGACGCAGCUCAGUCUUACUCUAACCAGGCCCAGCAAUCACAUCAACCUGAAGCGAAGACAGCAAAAGAGGAUAAUCAUGACAGCAAGUUCCUAGCAUUCUUACAUCGCAAGAAACAAGAAGGCCACGAAGAAGAAUCGCGCCAAAUGAAAAAGAAAUUAUCUAAUGAGACGACCCAUGUCCAUGAGUCACCAAUUGGCGGAGUUGCUCAAUCCACUACCGUACCCAGCGAGUCUACUAUAUCUACCCAGACUUCUUCCUCGUACAGUUCAGCAUCAACAUCAGUUCCUUAUCAACCUGGAAACGCUGCUGCGUCUGGUAUCACUGCAUCUCAGCCUGGCAAAGAUGAUUCGUCAUUCAACCGGAGUGCUACUAUUGUUGGAGGAGCUGGGGCCGUCGCCGGAGCAGGAUAUGGUGCAUCUAAGUUGGCCAAACAAGAACAGCACCAUGAGACUGCGCCAAAUCACGGGCUCGCUCAGCAGCCUAAUCAGAGCAGUCUCCUGGACUCUGGCAGGUCGGACCAGCAUCCCACUGCUGCAACCGAAUAUAUUCCUGAACACUCGUCGGACAACGUCGCGUCUGGGGCGUCCGGGUCACGUUCUGCUGGCGUGGACAUUUCUGCGUUAACGAGCGCUUCGUCGGCGAAUCAGCCAGAUCAGCCAUACAAUACCCUUUCAGAUGGGACACUGUCCGGGGUAAAGCAUGGAAAUGAAGGACUUUCUGCCAGUACGGGUGUGCUGACUGGAAAUCUCUCAUCCAACCUCGACCAUUCUGCGAAGCCCUUAUCCGGUGUGAAGGACGGAUACAAUCACCUAACAUCGGGGACGCCUUCCGGGGUACAUCUUGAGUAA